AUGACAUCCGGAAUAUAUCAACGAUCGCCAUAUCCCUUGGCCGGAUCUCAAAGGUCCAAAGCGCGGCCACUCUUCUAUGAGAACGAGAACGAGAGCGAGGACGAGGACGAAGAUGACGAUGAAGUCUCCAUUGCCGACCCCAAUGCCAUUGCCCGUAGAAGUCGAGAGCAAAAGGUCCUUGUCCUGCAGUGGACGUACAUGGUCCUCGGCUCAUUUCUGGCGCUGGGCAUUUGGGCGAUCAUUCGAACUCUAUCUGGUCGCCGAUAA